CACCCUGGUGGCGAAGAAGUCCUUCUUGAUGAAGCAGGCCAGGAUGCCACUGAGGCAUUCGAAGAUGUUGGACAUUCUGAGGAAGCCCUUGAAAUCCUAAAAGGGUUAGAAAUUGGUGAAUUAAAAGAUGGAAUCCCACCACCAUCAGCAAAAUCCUCUCCAAAAAAUGUACCACGACCAAAAGAAGAACCAUCCAG